UUUUUUUAUUAAAAUAAUUUAUCUAAAAAAGAGUUAUUAAAUAUAUAUUAAAUAUUGUCAAAUCAUGAAAUUGAAUCGUCUAUAUCUCUAUCCUAUAGCUAUAGCAGUACUCAUACCUCUGCUAAUACUAGUGCCAUAUGGUAUUGCUCUAUACAAUGAACACAUUGAUGCUUUCUUGCCCUAUACCAGUGAUACCGGUGCUCUGGCUAUUGAAUCGGGAUUUUUUGCACAGAUCACACUCAUUAUUGCACUAUUAUUUGCUAUCUUAGCAUACCUACAAUAUUUACAGGUAAACACUAUUUAUACGUUAAGCGAUACAAUGAUUCAAUUGAAGACAUCAAUUAUGAAGAACCGGCCGAAAAUCGUACGAUUCAAUCGGUGGUCAAUUUAUAUAGCCGUCUAUAUAGUACUGGCAUUAACUUCGGUCAUCAGCUUCCGGUCCAAUGAAUUCGGGAUUUUUCAUCCGAUUGUUUGUAUUACACUAUUUGUUGCUAUACUUGUAUUUGUGUCGCUUAAGAGUUGGCUAUCAUUAAGACUAUCACCACAAAUAAACUCCAAACUAGUGGCCAAAAUUCGUAUAGCAAUUGUCGUAAUAAUGUUAAUAUCAUUUAUAUUGUCAUUGAUUUGUGGCAUUUGGGCCUUUGCUGUCACUAAAAACAGCAAAGUUAAGCACCGGUUGAAUUGGAGUACCAGUGAUGACGGGUAUAUCCCGCACACUAUUAGUGCUGUCAGUCAAUGGCUAUUUGUUAUACUGUUGUCGCCGUUUUUUGCGACCUAUUUCAAGGAAAUGAAGGCAAUGACUAUACAUAACGGAGUUCUCCGGAUUACGUUUACAACUAAAGUAAGGACAACCACUACAACUACCAGUGCGACAACAAAAAGUGGUGACAAAAAACAUAAAAAUAAAACUAAUCAAACAAAAAUGUAAUAUUGACUAUUCAAAAAAUGUACAUGAUAAUUUUUAUUAUAAUUUGU